UUCUUGGCAGCCGAGAGCUAGGAGCCGAGGCGACUAGUUGGGCGGGCAGUGCGGGGCGGGCUGUGCGCUGGGAGCUCUCAGUUUGGAGUUUCCUCGCUGUCUUGGCGCCUUGAGAAGAACCACACGCUCCGCGCCUUUGUACCAGAAACGGUGUCUCCUGAGGCGCGGAGGGAGCCAGCAUGGCCUGGGCUCUGAAGCUGCCUCUGGCCGAUGAGGUGAUCGAAUCCGGGCUGGUGCAGGACUUCGAUGCUAGCCUGUCCGGGAUCGGCCAGGAGCUGGGCGCUGGAGCCUAUAGCAUGAGUGAUGUCCUUGCAUUGCCCAUUUUUAAGCAAGAAGAGUCAAGUUUGCCUCCUGAUAAUGAGAAUAAGAUCCUACCUUUCCAGUACGUGCUUUGUGCUGCCACCUCACCUGCAGUGAAACUCCAUGAUGAAACCCUGACAUAUCUCAAUCAAGGACAGUCCUAUGAAAUCCGAAUGCUAGACAACAGGAAACUUGGAGAGCUUCCAGAAAUUAAUGGCAAAUUGGUUAAGAGUAUAUUCCGUGUAGUGUUCCACGACAGAAGGCUACAGUACACUGAACAUCAGCAGCUGGAGGGCUGGAGGUGGAACCGACCUGGAGACAGAAUUCUUGACAUAGAUAUCCCAAUGUCUGUGGGUAUAAUCGAUCCUAGGGCUAAUCCAAACCAGCUAAACACAGUAGAGUUCCUGUGGGACCCUGCGAAGAGGACAUCCGUGUUUAUUCAGGUGCACUGUAUCAGCACAGAGUUCACUAUGAGGAAGCAUGGUGGAGAAAAGGGCGUGCCGUUCCGAGUACAAAUCGAUACCUUCAAGGAGAAUGAGAAUGGGGAGUACACCGAGCACUUGCACUCAGCCAGCUGCCAGAUCAAAGUCUUCAAGCCCAAAGGUGCAGACAGAAAGCAAAAAACAGAUAGGGAAAAAAUGGAGAAACGAACACCCCAUGAAAAAGAGAAAUACCAGCCUUCCUAUGAGACGACCAUUCUCACAGAGUGUUCUCCAUGGCCCGAGAUCACAUACGUCAAUAAUUCCCCGUCACCCGGCUUCAACAGCUCCCACAGCAGUUUCUCUCUUGGGGAAGGAAAUGGUUCACCAAACCACCAGCCAGAGCCACCCCCUCCAGUAACAGAUAACCUCUUGCCAACAACCACACCUCAGGAAGCUCAGCAGUGGUUGCAUCGAAACCGGUUCUCUACGUUCUCAAGGCUUUUCACAAACUUCUCAGGGGCAGAUUUAUUGAAACUAACCAGAGAUGAUGUGAUUCAAAUUUGUGGCCCUGCAGAUGGAAUCAGGCUUUUUAAUGCAUUAAAAGGCCGGAUGGUGCGUCCAAGGUUAACCAUUUAUGUUUGUCAGGAAUCAUUGCACUUGAGGGAGCAGCAGCAGCAGAAGCAUGAGGAUGGAGACUCAAAUGGUACUUUCUUCGUGUACCAUGCUGUCUACCUGGAAGAACUGACAGCUGUUGAAUUGACGGAGAAGAUUGCUCAACUUUUCAGCAUUUCCCCGCGCCAGAUCAGCCAGAUUUACAAGCAGGGGCCCACAGGGAUCCACGUGCUCAUCAGUGACGAGAUGAUACAGAACUUUCAGGAAGAAGCCUGUUUUAUUCUGGACACAAUGAAAGCAGAAACCAAUGAUAGUUAUCAUAUCAUACUGAAAUAGGGGCAUUGUGUGCUCAGUGGCUGCUGCUUCCAACACCUCCUGCAAACUGACUCCUUCGAGACAGGAAUGGACAGCGAUCUGCAGCACCUCACCCGUCUGACUGUGUAUGGAGGAGUCUGGGCCGUGGAGGCGGAAUCCCAGCCGUCUGUGUUGGCUCAGGCUUUCGUGGUACACACAGAUCACUGCCCAGCAUGCAGUUCUGCAGCUGUUUCCUAGUCACAGUUUCUGGAUCCUGUGGUUGAAUGUCAGUAGAAACUCCACAUCGUUUAGGGUGUUUGUAGGGCAUGAUGAUGAGGAGUACUGUGUGCUGUUGAAUGGAAAGAUGUUACAUAUUGUGAUAUGGAGCCAUGUGAUUUUUACCUAAUAUAAAAAUGAACACCUAUAUUCCUAAGACUAGGUCCUCAGUCUCCUUUGCAUUGAACAUGUGAGCAUCUCUGCUUUUUGCCACAGUUGGUCUUUGAGAACUUCGCCAAUGAGGAGAAAUAUGGAGAUAAUUUUUCUUUUGGUUCCCCAGUAGUGUUACAACUAAUAAUAAUUUUAGUUAACACUCACUGAGCCAGGAAGUGAGAGAAAUUCUUAAUGGAUUAUCUUGGUCAAUCCUCUUAAUAACCGUGUAUGUACGUAACUGCAGGUGAGGCCGGGGAGACACAUAGUGGCCUUGUAGCAUGCGACAGGACAGGCAGCUAGCAUGUAGUGAUGCUGAAAUCCAAGCCCGAGCAACGUGGCACUCAUUCUUCACCAUCCAGCACCGACAACGCCCCCAUCACAGCCGUGCUCGCCUGGGUUUCCUCCUGUGGCUCUCCUGAUGAAUAGGACAAAGCACUGCAUGUGAACCAAGGGUUAGCCACUGGGAGAGGCAGACCACACCUAUGUGAUGAUGCACACGUCGAGUCUUGCAACAUAUUGAACACACAGAUGCAUUUUUAAGUGUCAUCAGUUAUCGCAAUCACAGAAUUUUAGGUGUUGAAAAUUUGAGAUUAUCUAUAACCAAAACUCACUAUGCUUGAAUGACAUUCUCAAAAUGAUUUAUUAAUGAGUUAGGCUAAUCCCUGCUUUCAUGUUCUCUUCUUUGCAUCUUUUGUUGGUUUAGAAUGUUCUUUUAUUCAUGUAGUGUUCUUUUAUUUAAGCUUUAUAAGAAAUUUAUUGCCAUCCCAUUGACAUUUUCACCAUCUGUUUUUUUUUUCUUCCUUAAGAACGAUUGUGUGGUGUCUGUGUGUGUGCGUGUGUGUGCGCGCGCGCAUGUGUAUAACUGUAUAGCCAUUGAUCUUCUGUUUUCACAUGAAAGGUUUAUCCAGAAGUCUCUUCACAGAAUAUGUGGAAGUGAACAAAGAUAAGUUCAAAGAUUCUGUAUUAGAUUUGGAUUUGUGUGUGUGUAUCUGUGUGUGUGUGUAAGGCAUUUGAUAACAUUUAAAUGUUUUUUAUACAGAAAUUUUUGUUCAUUAAAAUUAACCUGAAACAUGGCUAAUUUCUCUUGGUUUGA